AUGGCAAUCCCGAUGCCUCACCAGGCAAAAUGCAUUUUUAAUGAUGUCAUUCGGCAUUCGGCGGAGGAGGAGGAGGCGCCGAACCGCGGUACUAUGAAUACCAGUCCAGUUGAUGACGCUGGAAAUGCACAGACAAGCACCACCUGCGAGCUGCAAGCUGGUUCUCAACAAUCUCACUACAAGCAUGGGAACCAGGCCAUCAAAAAUCUGGAAAAUGGAGUCCGUGAAGGGUUACUUGUGAUUGAGCAGCUAAAGUGCAUUUUAAGACAGCACUCACAAGAUGACAUGAGCCAUGGAUGGCUGAAACAAGUGAACCCGGUCAGAGAAAAAGUCAAAUUGAAUCCUAAGUUCAUCACUUUGGCUAAUUGGCAGUACAGGAGCAGGGCUCAGUUCAUUGUAGUUGCUGUUUUGGAGGAAGUUCUGAUAUUCCUGCCUUGA